ACUGAAGGCGCCAGUCGCGCGCGCACCGCCGCCGGGGCAGGACGCACGCCGGUCGCUGCCCGAGACAGGUGGCACGCGUCACGGUGCCGGGUGUGUGAGAGGACACGACGGGACAGUGUGGUGCGGCGAGGUGUGUGAAGGGGAGAUAGGUGAACUGAAGCUUGUGGGAGGUGUGGUUGAAUCUCAGAAAGACUUUUGAAGCCGCGGUGACGGCGGAAACUGAGUGAUCAGUAAACUCGGGACUGGCAAAUUUACGGGUCGUGCGCGGACGACGGUCGGUUGACCAGGAGACAGCCUUGCAGCUCCACUGCCCGUGGUGAACAGAGAACCGGUGACCGGUCGCGGACGGAGAUCCGACGGGGCGCGAUGGAGCGUCCGCGGCACCGUUCCUACAGAUGGGCGGCGGUGCUGUGCUGGCUGCUGGCGGGAGCCGUCCUCGGCACGGCGCAGAACAUCAAAGGUCCGCCGCAGAUCAACCCGGACGAAGUGAAGGAGGUGGUUCCGGCCAACGUGGGCGACUCGGUGAAGCUGCUGUGUCCCGUCUCGUCCGGCUCGCACCUGAUGGUCGACUGGUACAAGGAUGAUGAGAAGGUGGACGGGACGUGGCCGGGGUUCCGGUUCGGCGCGCGAUACCUGCGCAUCAAAUCAGUUACAGUCGACCAGAGCGGCACAUACAAGUGUGUCGGUAUCACGGGGUUCGGCACCGUGCAGCACCUCAUGCGACUGGUGGUGAUCGAUCCAUCGGAUAAGCAGUACCAGAUAAAGGGCAGCUCGACGGCCGGCAACGAGUAUCCGUCGAUGACCUCGCGUCGCUUCAACAUGACCCCGCCCAAGGUCACCCAGGUGUUCCCGGCCAAGUCGCCCGUGCGCAAGAUGGUCGGCGGAGACGUGCGCUUCAAGUGCGUCGCCAGCGGCAUGCCCAAGCCGGACGUCAAGUGGUUCAAGGACGGCACGGAGCUGAACGUGUUCCGCUCUGGCUCCGAGGUGGACCUGUCCUCACCAGGUCAGCUGCGUCUCAGAAGCAUCACAGGCGAGGAUUCUGGCCUGUACGAGUGUCGGGUCAUCAGCCCGCUCGGGCACGCCUCGGCCAAGUUCGUACUGAAUGUGGAAGAGCCGCACGAGCAGAAGCCGGAGAUUGUCGGUGAUGAGCCGCAGAACACCACGGUCAACGAGGGUGGCCAGGUGUCCCUGCAGUGUCGCAUCAGCGGGCCACCACCCAUGCACGUCAAGUGGCUGAAGCUGCUCGACCCGCACGCGGUGCCGGCGCUGCGGAACGCCUCAGACGCCAGCCAGCUGGACAGCCACGAGUACCGCGUGAUGAACGUCAGCGACACCAUCACCAGCAGCCCCGACCAGUACCUCAUCAAGCUGACGCUGCGCCACGUGCGCCUCAGCGACGCCGGCCAGUACGUGUGUCUGGGCGCCAACAACGGCGGCUUCACACUGCGGCCGGCCUACCUCACCGUCCGAGGCGCUCAGACGUACCAGUUUCCGUCUCAGUCGAACAGCCACGUGUACCUGAUGAUCAUCGUUCCCGUGGCGAUCGUCGUGGUACUGGCACUGGCUGCCAUCUGCUGCCUCUGCCAGCGGAGAAAACUCUCACAGCUGCCUGAUGAGGUCAAGUCGGACGCCGAGGCGGCGCUCAUGGGAAACAGGAUCAUGUCACAGCUGCCGGGAGCCAAGCAGCGGCCUGAGCUGGGCACAGGCUCGUCAGAGACAUCUCGCGGCGUGCCAAUAGGCUGCGGUGUGGCCGCCCACCACGGGCGGCGCUACGACCCGCUGCCGCCGCACCCGACGCCGACGCCGUCCGACCACACGUACGUGAUGGCGCCGGUGGGCUCCUACAGCCUGAGCAGCCGGCGCAGCGAGCCGAGCUCGGCGUCCGGCCACAGCUCGUGCAGCUGCGCGCCGGCCGCGCCGCCGGCCACCGAGCCGCCGCGCCAGCUGCAGGCCCACUUCAGCCGCCACCGGCACAAGCACCUGCACUACGCGUGCUGACGGCCGGCCCCGGCCCCUGGUGUGUGCGCGCAGACAGACUGCAGUGAGCGGACAGAACGGCGGCCACGGACGGCCGCGCCAGCGCCCAACUAGUCAUUACAAUACUUAUCGGCCGCGCCCGCCGCGGGAGGCGCGGUGCGCGGGGUGUGGACGCCAUUGCGUGUGUUUGCGUGUUCAGUGUUGUGUAUGGAAGUUUUGCGUGCAUACACGCGUGUAUGUACGAGUAUGUUCAUGUUAACGCGCGGUCGUAUUUAUGAAUGCUGCGGGCUAUGGGCCCGCUGAGCCUGUGUCUAACAAGCUGCGUGUCACGUCGCAUCGCCCCGUAGAAAUACCCCGCUUACCAACCCAGUCGUUUUGUAUUGGGAAUACAUCUUGUGUUAUUUGUCUUUUUAA